AAGAUGGCGUCUGCUCGUUGCUUGCGUUUUCUGCGUCCUCACAGAAUUAUUUCAACGCCUUAUCGUCGGAUGUUUAUCCAGACGCAAGACACUCCAAACCCUAACAGUCUUAAGUUUAUUCCUGGUGUUCAAGUGUUAGACAACUUCACGAUGGAUUUUCCUAGUCGUUCAGCUGCUUACCGCUCUCCUCUCGCUCGUCAGCUUUUCACAAUCAACGGAGUUUCGCGUGUGUUUUUUGGUCACGAUUUCAUAACUGUCAGUAAAGCAGACGAUGAUGUUGAGUGGUCUCUUCUCAAGCCGGAAAUAUUUGCUUCAAUUAUGGAUUUUUUUGCCUCCAACAUUCCUGUUGUAAAUGAAGAAGAUUGUAUAGAGAGUUCUACUGUUGAUGCUUAUGAUGAUGAAGAUGAAACCGUGUUGAUGAUUCGUGAACUGUUAGACACAAGGAUUCGUCCAACUGUUCAAGAAGAUGGAGGAGACAUCACGUUUGUUUCAUUUGAAGAUGGAGUUGUUAAAUUGAGAUUGCAGGGAUCGUGUUCUUCGUGUCCCAGUUCUGUUGUGACUUUGAAGAAUGGAGUUGAGAAUAUGUUGCAAUUUUAUAUUCCUGAAGUUCGGCAAGUGGAAGCCGUUGAUGAUGAGGUGGACAGUGUUAGUAAACAAGCAUUUGAUGAAUUUGAGAAGAAACUGGAAACGAAAUAAUUCGUUUUACCAUUUUACAAAUCACAUAAUAACUCAAAAGAUAUACUUAGCAUAUAGACAAGUUGAUGUUGGUCAAUACGCUAAAUACAAACUACAGUUACAUUCCAGUAGAAUGUUGCAAUUCAGAAAAACAGUUGAUUUCCCAUUAGCGUGUGGAGUUUGCUAGUGGCUGUCUAUCUAUUGUCUUGUGGUUGUGAAUAAUGCUUCGA